AGUGAACUUCAAGGGUCUGUAAUUUACUAUAUCUACAAUCUUGGAGGCUGAUUCUGGACGAUAGCACCGAGCUAUGUUCAUUGCUAUCGUUGGUACGCGUUAUGCGGGAAAAUCCACUAUCGAGGACUAUUUUGUGUCGAAGGGCUUUACACCUGUUAGCCUGGACUGGGAAGAGAGACAUUCUGAGGCUGAGAGUGAUACGGAUCGAACUCCCAAUGGGGUUACCCCUGGUGCAUAUACUGCAGAACCGCUAUCAAGUUCACUCAAAACAUUUGCUCAAAGACUGCCCAACAACUCCACUUCAUUUCUAUCAAUGAGCUCCCCGAUCACGCCUUUCGAAUCUGUCUCACAGCGUUUUCCGUCAAUCUCAUUCACCUCUCCUGCAUCCUUACUCGAUCAUGUCACGCGAAAUUGGCGCUCGAAUUAUGUGACUGUUGCGCUGAACACGCAGUGUCUUAUUGAGUACUUUGCAAAACGCCCUUUCUUUAUGGUGAUCUACGUUGAUGCUCCUUUAC